UUCGUAGAAUUCUUCAGUUCAGAAAGAAACCAAUAGCAUAUAAAGUGCGUCCUUAUUCUCAUAAUACUUGGAAGAACAAUGACCCUCCUGCGAUUGCAUUACUUGCUGGAGACUGUAAUAAUAGUUACCUUAAUAAGCUACAACUGGGUUCUGUGCAUAGAGGAAGGUUCACAAGGAACGGACGCGAAAAGUUGGUACAGGAGUAUCGAAAAUCCUGCUUACAGACCAUUCGAGCCGCAUAUCUUUAGUACUUUUAAAAUUAGAAAUUUCCGUGCUACAGUAACAACAAGAGAAAUUCUCCUCACUUGGGAUCUUGUGUUAGAUAAGAAGGCUGACAAAAAACCGAAUUCUAGGAGGAUGCUGCAGAUUUUCAGGGUUAGAAGUUCAGUGACAGAAAAUUACCAGAACAGAAUUGUGAUGAAUGAGUGGUGUUAUGUUAAUCAACAUCUUUGGGAGAAAACUGCAACAUGUGAAUACCCUUAUUUCCCGAUCGAAAAUUGUAUGAAUUACAUGUUUAUUCUUGGCCUUCAAAAUUCAGCCAAUGUCACUACAGUGCCCAUUAUUCAGAAUUCUGCAAUGUUGAAGCUGACUCAUGAUGAAGAUUACCCAGUAAAACUAACUUGGAAAAUUGACUGCAACACAACUGAUCACAUGAAUUCAGUUUCAGUUUCUUUCCCUACAGAUCCAAAGUAUAAUGUCAUAGUUGAUGCCAGGUGCAACUCAACAGCAAAAUUUUGUGAAUUGCGUCUUGCCAAGGCCCAGAUACCUGAUUGUAUACCUCAUGUUAUACACGUUAAUCAAGAAAAAGCCACAUUGGACGUGGAAACAUAUUAUGCACACGCGGUGCAUAAUCUCUCCGUCAAGGUGGAGCUUGCAGACAUUCAAUUAGAAUGGAAUGAUCCCAUUUGUCCUCUUGGUUCAAGUGAUACUGGUGCCUUCUACUCAUUGAUUGUGUUUGAAACUAAUACGCAACAGAAUGCGUAUAAUAGUCAAAUAGAUUCUUCGUGCAUUAAAGGAAUUUCAAGGCGCAGAUUGACAUUCAAUAAAAAUAGUGCAAAUGGAUGCCCUGGCAUGGGAGAAGCCCUGCGAUUUCAGUCUGCCUUAAAAUCGUGCAUCAACUAUUCCAUCAACCUUGUUCAUCCAGAAAAAAGAAAUGAUGCAUCACUGAAGAGAUUCGGAUCGUUACCUUUCGUGUUGCAAUCGCUUGAAUCUAGAGAAAUCCAAAAUCUUGAAAUUGUUGACAUUUCGUCAAAUGGAUUUCAAAUCAAAUGGGAAAUUCCCGUUCGCUGCAAAAAUGUUAAAAACGUAGUAAUACCCAUAAAAAUUAAUAAUCAGAUGCCAAUCUAUUUGAGCCUGUCGGAUGCUAAUACAACAUGCACCGAUAGUACUUGCGUCGUGAAUUGGGAACAUCGUUCAAACAUUGUGCCAUGCACAAAUUAUAGUGUUAAAGUUGGCAUAGAUACGGUGCAAAUUAUAACUCUUCCUCCAGGGGCCCCUGUGGUUAACGCUCUGAGCAACUCAUCCUUUGAUGGCUCCAUUGUGGAGUGGCAUGUUCCAGUUGAUUGUCUCGAUUUCCUAUCCACUCCAGCAGGAUUGAAGAAUGUCAUACUUGAGCAGCAAAACACAAUACUGUAUCGGAAAAUCCUGCCAUGUGACGUGGCACUCUCAGAAAAAAUUUUAUCCAUGUUCAACUUAUACCUAUUCCAUUGGGCUCGUUUGAUGUCCCCGUCAACCCAUUACCGGACGUUCCGGAUGGAGUUGCCACUGACGUUUCUAUCCGGCCUGAAAAACAAAGUAGCUCUGAUCAGCGUGGUACAGCAGUCAUCAGUUGGAAUCAUCCAAUUUGUCAAAACUCCAAAAAUUCUCGGAUGGCAAAUCUUGAUCAGAAAGAUGGAGGUGAUCGCUACUCGACGAGAGAGAGAUCUUUUGAAGCAAACUGUCCCGAGAAGUUUCUUGGUGCCAAUCAUUGCAAUUGUAAUUUUAUUACUGGUCGCCUUCAUCAUUGCAUUCGUCUUUCUAAGAAUGCAGAGAAGGGAAGCGAUACAAAAUCAAACGGAAGUUAACAAUUCUAUGUCGACAACUGAGAGCCGGAACAGAGUUACGUCUAUAAGUCGCAGUAGGCUUCCGUCCUUCAACUUCAACAGGAUUUCGUCCAAUAGCCGACAGAGCUCCAUGGGAAAUGCUGAAGAUGAUUUAAACACUUUGCCUCAAAUGACAAAGCGACCACUGUUUGUUCGAGAUUUAUGUUCUUUCGAUGCUGGACAAGCUCGCAUGGAAUUCUUUUUAAUUAAUAAGUUGACAGAAAUUGAAGCAAAAAAAUUGGCUCGAACAAUGGCCGAACGCCCGGAAAAUAAAAUCAAAAAUCGAUUCUUGAACACCCACCCAUAUGAUUUCAACCGUGUUGUACUAUCUCACUCCGAGGAGCGCCAAAACGACAGUUACAUAAACGCCUCCUUUAUUCCUGGAUUUGAUGAGACAAAAAACGAGUACAUUGCUGCUCAAGGCCCAAAGGAGAAUACUGUAGGAGAUUUCUGGCGAAUGAUAUGGGAACAAAAAGUAAAACUGAUCGCCAUGGUUACUUCACUUCACGAAUGCGGCAAAAAAAAAUGUGAAAAAUACUGGCCCGACCAAGGUGAAUCGGUGGUUUAUGGGGACUUGAAAUUAGAAUUGGUGAACGAAAGUGUAAACUCGUUCUACACGGCACGGAAUAUUCUUAUAUCAAAGUCCUCUGAUCUGUGGCGAGAGAUCCAGCAAUUUCACUUUACGGCAUGGCCGGAUUUUGAGAUUCCUGAACAGCCUGAACAGUUAAUUCGGUUUAUUGAAAUUGUUCGCAGGGAAGCUAGACAACUGAACUCUCCAUCACCCAUCGUUGUCCACUGCAGUGCUGGAGUUGGAAGAACCGGUACAUUCAUAGCUCUCGAUUACCUAAUCCAACAAGUACUCAUCACUGAUGUUGUUGACGUUCCAAGGACAGUUCGUCAUCUUAGACGCUUCCGCACAUCAAUGGUUCAAUCGGAGGCGCAAUAUAUUUUUCUGUAUACCUGCAUUGCUCACUAUGUCAAGACAAGACUUUCGUCUAACGGAGGACAAAUGUAGCGCCAUAUUUAUAUAUUUUUUAAAUUUUCUCCCCAGUAUCUGUGUCGUGUUAUUGCACUGCGGAUUUAAAGCGGUAAGGCCGGUUUAAAAGUGGAUUUGAUUUAACGGAAGAUCUUCUGUAUUCGGAA